UUUUUUUUUUUAUAAAACCAACCAUGAUUACCCUCUUUCUUAGUACUUUAUUUAUCACUGUCUUCUUUACCUAUAGCUAUUAUAUUCUUGCUCAAUAUCAACGACCAAUACCUUUGAAAUCAAGCAAUCUAUUAUUAUUGACAGCUCAUCCUGAUGAUGAAUGUAUGUUCUUUGGUCCAACCUUGACUUAUUUACGUACUUUUAGUAGGAAGACUCGUAUUCACGUGCUUUGUUUAUCAACUGGCAAUGCGGAUGGAUUAGGUAAUAUCCGAAAGAAAGAACUUGUUCAUAGCUGUCAAAAAUUGGAUAUACCUGCUAGUCAAGUCAAAUCAUUAGAUCACAGUGAACUACAAGAUGGUAUGAACAAUAAAUGGUCAAGUUCGGUAAUUGCUAAUGACGUGUUGACAGAUUAUAUCAAAAAACAUAAGAUUGAUACGAUUGUCACAUUUGAUGAUCAAGGUGUUUCAGGUCAUCCAAAUCAUGCGGCUGCUUUUAUGGGUGCCAACGAAUAUAUUCAACAACAUCAUGACAAUAUUCAAUUAUACAAACUAAAAACGAUUUCUUUACCAAGGAAAUAUGUUGCCACACUGGAUUUGCUUGUGAUGACUUUUCAACAUUGGAUCCAAAAAUCAUCGAACCAGAUUGUCCUGAUUUCUCCACCAGUGGCGUAUCUUCAAACUCACAAGGCUAUGCGACAACAUGAAUCUCAAUUAGUUUGGUUCCGUUGGCUCUAUGUUACUUUUUCGCGAUAUAUGUAUAUCAAUGAAUUAGAAAAAGUAGAAUAUUUAUAAUUAUAGUUUUUUUUUUAACUUGCCAAAAUAAAUCAUUCUGUCAAACUGACCUUCAAAAAAC